ACUCAGAUAUGGCGACCGAUACUGACAGCUCAAAAUUGCCCGAAUCUUUCAGUAACUUAUCAAUAAAUACGCAAAAUGGUGAAAGUUUAGCGGAAAUUAACAAACCUAUCGACAGCACAAAGUAUGGUCUUCCAAUUAAAGAGGUGUAUCGACUCGCCUACAAUUUUUACAAAGAGAAAGAAGGGAAAGCGGUACAUUUUAGCUACGAGGAUAAGUUACAGUUAGUGGCAUUUGCGCAGCAAGUGUUGCAUGGGCCUUUAUCAGAAGCUAUACAUAAAUUACCCACGUUAGGAACACUUGAUGUUGUGGGAAAGGAUCGUAGGGAUGCCUGGCAAAAAUUAGGCCAGUUACCUAGUGAAGAGGCUAGAGCUGGAUUCGUGGAUUUAUUGAGUAGACUGUGCCCACUUUUUGUAGCAUAUGUUGAAGCUCACAGAACAGAAAUGAGAGAAAAAGAGAAACGCCUUAAACAGGAAGAGGAGAAAAGACUUUUAGAGCAACAGGAAUCCAUUAAAAAAGAUCAGGAGCAGAAAUUGAUGCAAGAACAGCUUGAUAGGGAGGAGGUUAUCAAAAGGCAAAUACAACAAGCUUUAAAUCAGCAAACCUACGAUCAGUUUAGAAAAUACGCUGAUCAGCAGUAUCCUGGGGAUCCUGAGAAGCAAGGGGCUUUGAUUAGGCAGUUGCAAGAACAGCACUAUAUUCAGUACAUGCAACAGUUGCAUGCUGCUCAAAGAGAGAUUAAAAGUAUUGAACCUUCAGAAAAAUGGGAUAAAGUUCAGUCAAAAAUAGCAACAGAUGAGAAUGCAAACAGUGAAAAUGAGGAGGUGGCUCUAAUGGCCCCAAGUAUGUGGACCAGACCCGACAUGGAAGUAUUUAAACAUGCAGUGUCACAAGCUGAUGGAGAGGGGGUGGUAAGGGUGGGGCAUGGGGAGACUGUGACAGUCAGGGUACCCACCCAUCCCCAUGGUACUAGGUUAUUCUGGGAAUUUGCCACAGAUCACUUUGAUAUAGGUUUUGGUGUUUUCUUUGAGUUUGGUACCCCUGUGAGCGACCAAGUGUCCGUUCACGUGUCUGAAAGCGACGAUGAAGACGUAGACGAACUUGAAGAAGACGAAAUUUAUAAUGAAGAAGCAAUUCAAACCAGCGACUUGGAAUCUGGCUCGGUAACGGUGGGUGGCAUCAGUAAACCUCUCUUAAGUGAAAUUGUACCUGUGUACAGGCGGGAUUGUCAGGUGGAGGUGUACGCAGGAUCUCACCAGUACCCUGGCAAAGGUGUAUAUUUACUUAAGUUUGAUAAUUCCUAUUCGUUGUGGAGAUCCAAAACCUUAUACUAUAGGGUUUAUUAUGAACAAUAAUUUAUUCUUUAUUUAAAUGUUAGGGUAACAAAAUUGAUGCAAUGUAUAAUUUUAAGAUAAUUUUAUUAAACGUACUAUUACAAUGUUUUGAGUUUAAAAUACAGUGAUAUAAACUUUUUGUUUUAUUUUUUAAUUUAUUAAAAUAUCUCAAUAUACAUAAGGCACUUUAAAAUACUUAUAAUACCUAUAUAAAAAUAGCAAGUGCACUAUCACUAAACCAGUCUUUAUAUUUAUUUUUAUAAGCCUUAAAUUCAAAAAUAUUUAAUAAAAUAUAGGUCUUUAUCACUAAAUCCAAUAUAUUUGGGCAAAUGCAAAACUAAUGAAAAAAGUUUAGAUUAAAAUUAAAAAAUGCAUUGCAAAAUAUUAAAACUUAAUAUAUAAGUUAAAACUAGUUACAUUGAUAAAAAUGUAAAUCAACUUGCACAAAACUUUAAAAAUACAAAAUAAAAAGAUUAUCUAUUAAUAAUAAAUAUAGUCUAUUUAUAAACUUAACUAAAAUAUCCUGAAUUUUGCCUUAUUAUAUCAAUAAUAUCAUUCUAAAAUUUAUAUUAAAUAAAGCAAUCAUAUGACCAAAUGGAAUUAUUUUGUACUUUUACAAACUUAUUAGGUAUUUACCUGCUAAAUAUAAAAUCAUUUUAAUUAUUACUGAGAGCUGUCUCCAAAACCCUGCAAAGAUCGCAAUUUCUUCGCGAUAACCUCCCCCAAAUCACUUGACGUCUUCUCAGGGGUCAUAAUGAGCCUCCUUCGUAUCUUGGGGUUCAUAUCUGGUCUUGCUGGGCUGACCACCACAGGCUCUGGUGUUUUUUCUCCCCUGGACCCACCAAAAACCACGAAUUUAUCGUAGUCGACUGGCGACCAAGUGAUGGGCUUCCGUCUAGGCCCUCUUUGCAUUAUGAGCAUCUCAUCAGGGCUGCUCUCCUUAUUUGGAGUUUCCUGUUCCGCCACUGUUUCAUUCACCUCAGUUAAAACUAACCUCGUUUGUUCUCUAGGCCUUCUACGCCUCCUUUCCUGAAGAUGCUCGUCGAGAAGCAAAACGAACUCCAUUGCGGAACGAGGGUUAAUAACGGUAAAAAAUGACCGUUACAACCCCAAUUAAAUCGGGCACUUUUUGUGUAUUAAAACUGCACGCAAACAAUAUGUGGUUAAAAUGGAUUGUUUAUCGCUCUUUUUACUCACUGAUUACAACUAUUUUAGCGCUAAAUUAUGCCUUAUUCCCGCGACUAGACAAGUUUUAUGUCAACAAGUCUCCUGCUAAGCCGCGAU